AUGGAUUUGGUUUUUGGUGAGCUGACCAAAUGGGUAUUACUCACGCGAGCCAUCAGCCUAUUAGGUUCCCUUUUUGGUAGCCCCCAUACCAAAUUGACUAAGGACGGGAUUGAAUCAGGCAAGAGCAUGUUGAGCGGAGACACAAUCCUCGAUCAAUGGAUCCCAAUCUUCAAAGACCGAUCGGGCAGAAAAACGAUUUUGGAUAUAAUCAGACCCAAAAGAUGCAGUGCUGCCACUAAAAGAAAGAAUGAUGGCUUGAAUGAACGCAAAAAUGAAUUUCCGCUCUGCCAAGUUUUACACAUCUCUUCACAGCAAAGCCAUGCCUCAGUUUAG